GCGUAAUUGGCAAUGCAUCAGGGCCCACCGGUCGUUCUGCGGGCGUUUGUACCGCGCAUGGGUCGGCGUUGGCAUGGGCAGCGGGCGAGCAGAUAAGCGCCCCGCGCCCGGACGUGCAACCUACACUUCCCACAGCACCCAAUCCUUCUCUGCUACUUUGCAGCCCAAUCCACUACAAUGGCCCUGUCGAUGAUCCGCAAGUCGGCCGCUGCCCCCGUUCGCCGGGCUGCCGCUGCCCCCGUGGUCGUUCGCGGCCGUCGGGUCAUCACCUUCGCCGCCGUGGACAAGGCCAAGGUGCUGGAGGACGUGCGCUCCAUCAUCUCCACCCAGCUGGGCACUGAGCUGGAGAAGGUUGCCCCCGAGGCCAAGUUCGUUGACCUGGGCGCCGACUCCCUGGACACGGUCGAGAUCAUGAUGGCUCUGGAGGAGAAGUUCGAGAUUGCCCUGGAGGAGGAGGGUGCCGAGAAGAUCGCCACCGUCCAGGACGCCGCGGACAUGAUCGCCGCCCAGAUCGCCGCCAAGGGCAACUAAACUAACUGUCUCCAUUCUAUCCUGACCAUCUGACUGAGAAGACGCUUCAUGUAUACUGUGUUCAACCGUGUGUGUCAGGCUAGGCGCAUCCCGUGGCGGUGGAGAAGAUAAUGAGCGAAUGCUGGGGCUGGGUGUGGUGAAGAGUGCUGCCGGAGGCGAAUGCCCCCAGUGCGAUGCACUGGAGCUUGGCACGCCCUGUGCAAUAGGGCCUCAGGCGGGGCAGCUGCCCGGUGCGGCUGCCUACUAUACAUAAAAACAGGCGUCACGCGGCGCCGCAAGUGCGAGUUUAGGGCCUGCAGUUCACGGUUUUUGAUGCUGUGCCGUGUUGCAGGCGCGCCUUGCGCGCCGAGACCCCUGCAUGUAACGCAGAGGCGAA